CUAAGAUAAAUUGCGAUCUUUUUGCUCUGGUCACACUUAACUCGAAAGCCGCAUUAUUUUGUUUACAUCGCGAAUUCUCUGCUUAAUCCAACGAAAAUAUGUCAUUUGCAAACGUUUCCACGCACUACAUAUCCGAGAAGGUGUCCCAAGUGCGCUGGCUGCCGGAGGAACUGCAGCAGAGCGAACGGUUCGUCACUGGAAGCUGGGACAUGGACCAGAACUUCGUGCGUCUCUGGCGGCUCCUAUCGAACCAAUAUGCCACCGCCACGGAUUCGGAUGUGGACCAGAUACCGCGUUGCAUGGACAAGGUGAGAAUGGAGGACGAUGUGACCGCCAUGGAGUUUGUCGACAAGGACACGCUGGCUGUGAGCUGUGCAGAUGGUCAUCUCAGCGUGUUUAACGUGCAUCGAGCCGUGGAGGAGGAUCAGAUGCAGCGUACAUCCCGAUCGGGACGUCUGCACUGCUUCCAACGCAGUCAGGAGCCCGCUCCCUGCACCGAUCUUUCUACUUACGGCACGGAUAUCGCCACCGCAGGCGAGGAUGGGUGUGUAAGCAUCGUCUCCGUGGAAAAUGUGCGCCAGGUGAAGCGACAGAUUGAGGCGGACAGCAUGGCGCUCUUUUCCAUUUGCUAUAUCAGCCAGCAGGAACUGGUGACUGCCAAUAGGAUGGGUGUUAUCCGAGUGCUGGAUGGCCGAGUGGCCACUGAAGCGCAGCCGAAGACCACCUUUAUGGUGGCCUCCCAGGAUGACAAGUCGAACUUUGUCUCGUCCCUUGCCAAGCAUCCGAUGCAGCAUCAUAUCCUACUUUGCGGCAGCGAAGAGGGUUCCAUAACCGUCUGGGAUAUGCGAAACCUUAGCUAUCCCGCAUCCUAUCUCAGCGCCCACAAAAGUCCCAUCAACGAGAUAGGCUUCCAUCAAAGGGAUCCCAGCAAACUGUUCACCGCCGCAGAAGGUGGCGAGGUGUGGAUGUGGUCAGAGAACAAAGCUCUCGGGAGCGACUAUACAAAGGACGGACACAGCCCCUGGUUGUCUGGCGAUCGUGUUCGCUCCCUGGUGGAUGUGGAAGGAGUGCUGAGUAACAUUCGCAAGUCCAUCAACUCCUUCGAUGUGCAUGGAAGUCGUCUGGUGUGCGGAGGCGACACAGAAGCCGUUUACCUAGUGGAUAAUAUUGUUUAAAUGUCGAGCCCUUUGAAUUCCUUACUUAAAUUAUAUAAUAUUUCAAUUGUUGCAAUUGGUUGGCAGAAUA